UAGCACCGCCCACCAGAGAUGAAAAACAUUUCCACAUAGAGAGAAAAUGGGGGGUUUUUUUUUUGUUCUGUUUCAUUUUUUAUAUUUUAUCACGAUCUUCAAAAUUUUCUCCGAACUCCCGGGAUGAGACAGUAUUGGUGCCACGGAGCAGUACUGCAGAAAAGAAGAAGAAAAAAACGAGAAACGGCGACAUGGUGCAACAAAACACGCAUCCCUGGCGGCUGACGCGUGGUACUAGUAGUCAAACAUCCAGAACUCUUUCUAUACAAAACCCAAAAAAAUGGCGAAUGGCCCGGAGAAACAUAAACAGACAAUCCAUGCGCUUUGUUGUUUUGCUGGCCUCCGCCCUCCGUGGAAGCUGACACUAGGGCAAACAGAACAAGCGCGACAGCCGAGCAUACGUAUUACAAGUGUAGACUGGCAGCAAAUCUAUCAAAAUCUAUCCUACAACCACUCUUUGUCAUUUGAUCAUCCCAAGACCACCUUGGACAAGAAAAUACGAUGCCCAAAUAUAGGUGACUGAAUAUUUCAGAGACACCCCAACGCACCACGAACAAAACAAAGCAAAGAAAAAACACCGGCACCGUCCGUUGGCAGCUUGCGCACUAUCACCCAGACACUAGACGGAUCCCCAAGCUGGGGCCAAGCUGGGGCCAAGGGGAGGAGGCUGUGACGGCAAACUUGGGCAAAAAAAGUAGACCUGUCUCCGCGGGAACUUCCCUUGCUCUUCAUCUGAUGACGACUCGUAUUAUUGCCGCCCACUGGUUCGGAUUUUUUUUUCUCUUCUAUUUGUUGACUUUUGAUCUCAAAAUCUUUUAUUAAUUAUCAGCCCUGCCGGCACAUCAGCUCAAAGAUCGAACUGGUUGUUCUUGAUCGGAACGGUAUAACUCUCCACAGCACUUUCAGCCCUUUUUGCAACCGGGACUUUCGAAUAAUUUUCCAAAAGACCGCACACACACACAUACACGCACAAGGGCUACGGAUUCUAUAAGGAUAAUCGGGCCGAAACGAAAUACUCUCUCCUCGAAUAGUCUGAUAUUUUUAUUAUUGACCUGCUGUCAAGGUCAUGGCUGAGCGCCGCCCUCCGCCACGCCCCCCGCGUGUACGGCUAGCGCCUGGUCCCGGAGAGUCUCAGCAUCCAUCGCCGCCGAUUAAUCUUCAUGCUGACUUGGAUUCUCGGUCGAGGAGUAGCUAUGAGGAUUCGUCCACUAACGAGGAGGAAGAGGAUGAGCCGCCGAGAUGGAGGAGGUCGUCGGAAAGGCAGCCGGUGGCGGCAGCAGGCGCCGUAGGGAGGACAUCUCGCCGUACCUCUGCGGCGGAAAGCCGAGGUCAGACUACCACUCCCGGACCCGAGUCGGGAUCCGGAUCCGAAUCCCGACCCGGACCUGGACCUGGACCUGAAACACCUUCACCAAAGCUAUCGUGGUUCCGUAGCGCCAUCAAAAACUUCACCUCGCAAUGGUUCCUCGUGCCGCAGGGAGCCGGCAUAACCUCGAUAGUUCUUUACCAGUUUGAAGAGCGCUUCGACGGCCUCGACAUCGUUUCGUACAUAUUUUGGGCCCUGACAAUCAUCUGCCUCAUCACCUUCAUCCUAAUCUACACCCUCCGCGUGAUCAUGUUCCCACGGCACGUCGGGCGGCUGCUCGUAAGCAACGCGGGCGAGCUCGCGUGCAUAUCCAGCGCAUCCAUCUCCUUCACGUCGGUCAACCAGAUGCUGUCCCUCGUGAACCCCAGCGGCGGUCCCAGGUGGGCCUCGGUGACGGCCGGGUUCUGGUGGUUCAACGUGAGCCUGGCCGUGGGCUCGACGCUCUUCAUCCCCUACGCCUUUACGCGCAUCCAGCACUCCCCGACCCCGGGCGUCGCCAAGCUCUCCCCCGCCACGCAGCUGCCCAUGAUCGCCGCCAUCACGCUGGCGGCCGGCGGCGGCGUCGUGGCGUCGGGCACCGGACAGCCCGCCCACGCGCAGACGCCCAUCAUCUUUGUCUCGUACCUGUCGCUCGCCAUGGCCCUGCCGCUCAUCAUGGCCUUUACCGCAAUCUACCUCGUCCGCCUGCUCGACGGCUCCAUGCCGGAGCGGAGCAAGGUCUACCAGGACAUGAUACUGGCCGGCCCCUGGGGUCAGGCCAGCUUUGCGAUGCAGGUGCUCGGCCGCGCGCUGGUCAACAACGCGUCGGGCAUCGCGGAGCAGAUCGCCGGCGACGUGGUCACCGAGAGCUCCAUCAGGAUCCUGGGGUACACCAGCAUGUUUAUUGGCUUCUUCAGCUGGGGCCACGCGACAUUUUGGUGGGCGUUUGCCAUCUUGAGCGUGGUGCAGAGCCAGAUCGAGGCCUGGGGCAUGAGGAAGAGGAGGUGGCUGUCGGGUGACGACGAGGAGAAGGAGACGUAUACGUUGGCAGUGUGGGCUUUGGUGUUUCCAUGGGGAACAUAUACCAAUGCCGCCAUACAACUUGGAAAGAUACUUGGGUCACCCGCCUUUAGAAUCUUUUCCACAAUCCUUACAUUCUGCCUGUUUAUAAUUACACUUAUCAACCUUGUAUUCACCAUAUGGGGCCUAUGGAACGGAAGCUUGUUGGGAACCAAACAAAAACCGAAACCAUCCGGAGGGAGCAAGAUGCCAGCGACGUACAUAUAAAAAAAAAGCACAUACUUUUUUGCAUGUAUAAUAAUUCUUUUUUUUUUGCAUACAGAAUACAGAAUCAAGGCAUAUAGACUUGCCCAAUUCACCCUUGCUAAAGAG